CGCCGCGGGGCGGGGGCGGGAGCAGGAGGCCGUGCAGAGUGUGAGGGGGACGCCGCCGCCAUGUCGGUGCUGCAGCCGGCGGCGCUCGGGACCGGCCCCGGGGCCAAGGGCGCGGAGCUGCCGGAGCCGCUGGGGCUGCUGGAGCUCUGCGGCGCCUGCCGGGAGCGCCUGAGCCCCCAGCGCGAGCCGCGGCUGCUGCCCUGCCUGCACUCCGUGUGCCGCGCCUGCCUCGGCGCCGCGCCGGGAGCGGCCCCCAGCGACGGGAGCGUUACUGGGAGCACUGGGGUUACGGGGAUCACUGGGCGUUACUGGGAUCAUUGGGGUUACUGGGGGGCACUGGGGUUACUGGGAUCAUUGGGGUUACUGGGAAUUGGCCCAUUCGCGUUCACAUGCCGGGGGCGUCUUCCCGCCCUUUCUUUCCCGCCUUCUCCUCUCCUAUUGCUCCCGCGCGCUGUCAAUCUCCGCCAAUCCCCGCCCUCCUGCCCUCCCAUUGGUUCCUCGCCCUGUCAAUCUGUCUCAGCGGGCGGUGAUUGGCCGCGCCGCGGGGCGGGGGCGGGAGCAGGAGGCCGUGCAGAGUGUGAGGGGGACGCCGCCGCCAUGUCGGUGCUGCAGCCGGCGGCGCUCGGGACCGGCCCCGGGGCCAAGGGCGCGGAGCUGCCGGAGCCGCUGGGGCUGCUGGAGCUCUGCGGCGCCUGCCGGGAGCGCCUGAGCCCCCAGCGCGAGCCGCGGCUGCUGCCCUGCCUGCACUCCGUGUGCCGCGCCUGCCUCGGCGCCGCGCCGGGAGCGGCCCCCAGCGACGGGAGCGUGUUCGAGUGCCCCGUGUGCCACCAGCAGUGUCCCCUGGGUGACAUCAUGGAGAACCUCUUCCUGCAGGCCAGCACGGCCGCCACAGCCACCAGCGGGCAGAGCUGCACCAGCUGCGAGGACAACGCGGCGGCCACCAGCUUCUGCCUGGAGUGCGCCGAGCCGCUGUGUGACACCUGCGUGGAGGCACACCUGAGGGUCAGGGACACCCGGGAGCACAGCGUGCAGCCCCUCGGCUCUCCCGCCGUGCCCGGUGCCGGGUCGGGUUCGGGGCCGUGCCCGGGGCCGUGCCCGGCGCACCCUCGGCAGCCGCUGUCGCUGUUCUGCGGCGCCUGUGACGCCCUCACGUGCCGCGAGUGUCACCUGGGCCCGCACCGCCAGCACCCCAUCCGCCGCGGGACGGACGCGCAGAAGCGCCUGCAGGUGGAGGUGAAGCUCGCCAUCCUGCAGAUCAUGAAGGAGCUCAACAAACGCGCCAAGGCGCUGGUGGGCGACGUCCAGCGCGUCACCGAGGGCCGGCAGGAGCGGCUGGAGCGGCAGCGGCGCGCGCUGAGCCGGGCGCAGCGGCUGCAGGAGCACGCGCUGCGCUUCGGGGCCCGCGCGCUGCACGGCCCCCACGGCGCCGCCCUGCUGCUCUCCAGGAGGCUGGUGAGGGACCCCUGGGACCCCCGGGCUGGGGGUGGCACUUGGGCCCCUGGAGCUCCCAGAGCCGCAGGGGGAGCUCCGCUUCCAGUGGGACCUGCAGGGAUGGACCAGGAGUGCCCAGAGCUUCGGAGGGGGUGGCAAGUGACACCCCCCCGUGAUGUCCCCACCCCCCGUGAUGUCCACUCCCCUCCCCGAUGUCCUCGCAGGGACCUGAGGGACAUUCUGGGGGUGCCACCCCCGGAGCCCCCCGUGAUGUCCCCUCCCCCUGAUGUCCUGCAGGGCCACCCCCAGGCCACGGUGGUCACUGGGGGACAGGUGACACCGGAGCUGCUCCUGCAGGGUCCCCCCCAGCUGUCACCUCCCCCGCAGCUGUCACCUCCCCUCCGGCUGUCACCUCCCCCCCUGGAGCCAGCGGCAGCCCCGAGCCCCGAGCUGGCCACCAGCCCUGAAAACGGCGUCACUGGAGAGAGGAUGAGGAACCCCAGCAGUUCCCCCCAGGAGGAGAAGCUCGUUAAGAAGCUGCUCAUUAAGCGGAGGGGCCCCCCCGAGGCCCAGGACAGCCCCCGGCUCCCCAAGCAGCCGCGGGUGAGCCUGGAGCGCCUGGAGCUGGACCUGGAGCUGGACCCGGCGCAGCCACCCGUGUUCCGCAUCUUCCCGGGACCCUCGGCCCAGGAGUUCAGCCUCAUCGUCAUCGAGCAGGGCUCAGCGGGGACAGAGGGGACAGCAGGGACAGAGGGGACAGCGGGGACAGAAGGGACACCGGGGACAGAAGGGACAGCGGGGACACCAGGGACAGAAGGGACAGCGGGGACAGCGCAGCCACACGGAGCCCUCCUUGUCAAGGAGGAGCAGCAGGAGUCGCCCAUUGGGGACACCGGGGACAGCGGGGACACCAAACCCGUAGGGCUGCUGCCCCCUGCCCUGGGGGAGCCGGGCCCUGCCCCGGGCUCCUCCCCUGGCCUGGGGCUCCCGGUGGUCCCGGUGGUCCCGGGGGGGCUCCCGGGGGUCUCGUGCUGCCGCGUGUGCGGCCAGGCCGGGGCCGUGGUGAUGUGUGACCGCUGCCAGCGCUGCUUCCACCUGCACUGCCACCUGCCCGCGCUGCACGACGUGCCCAGCCCCGAGUGGACGUGUUUGCUGUGCCAGGAGCUGCCCCCGCCCCUCCUGGAGCCGGAGCAGGGCCCCUCCCUCAAGCUGAGCCCCCAGGACCAGCAGCGCUGCGAGUUCGUCCUGCUGGAGCUGCUGUGCCACGAGCCCUGCCGGCCCCUGCAGCGCCUCUGCAGCUCCCCGGACGGCCGCGACGCCAUGGACCUGACGCUGAUGCGGGCGCGGCUGCAGGAGAAGCUGAGCCCCCACUACCGCAGCCCCGAGGAGUUCGCCCGCGACGGCUGGCGCCUGCUGCGGCAGUUCCACCGCCUCACCGAGGACAAGGCAGAUGUCCAGUCCAUCCUGGAGCUGCAGCGUUUCCUCGAGAGCCGCCUCAGCGCUGUCUUCGGCGACCAGAAGUUCUCCAGGCUCCUGCUGGAUCCCGAGGAAGCCCUGGAGGUGUCUCCAGGCUCCUGACUGCCCCUCCUGGGGGGUGAAAGACCUCCCAGCACCCCGAUUUCCCCUCCCAGCACCCCGAUUUCCCCUCCUAGGACCCCGAUUUGCUCCCACCAUAGGUUCUGUUUCCCCCCCCAUAAGUUGGGGUUCCCCCCAGAGCCCCCCAGGAUGUGGGGGCGUCUCUGUCCCUCAUUAGCCUGGGGUCACGUGGGAAAAAAUAAAACCCUGGUCUCCUGGGUUCUGCCUCAUUUCUGGGC